CAAAUCUGAUCGAUUUGACGUGGAAUGACCCAUGUAUAACUCGAAAAAGUGAACAGAGGUCAUCAAAGCUUUUACUCCCGUCUCGCGCUCUCAAAUUGGCACUAAAUUUCUCUGCGCUGGUCGUUUGAGAAUCGUUGGCGAUCUCCACCCCUUGUUCGCCUGUCGGCCCUCCUGCCGAUAUUUUACCGCCGCGCCCGCACGUAUAUCGGCCGUUUUCUGGGCAUUCUGUUUGUCUGUGUGUCGGUCGUCGGUGCGUGAGUCUGUGUCGGGGUGAGUCAGCCGCCACGGUCGGCCGCCCUUUCCAGGUACCCGCCCCACCCCGCCCCGCCCCGGCCGGCCCGCUGCGGCAGCUCGGUGUGUGCGACAUGCAGUUCGGCUCGGGCGACGCGCUGCCGACGCUCAGUCGUGCUCCGAACCCCGUCGCCGCCGGUCGUCGCACUGCCGGGCUGCUGCUGGGGCCCUCCUGCUGGUACAGAGACCGGACAGCGGCGGCGGCGGGUCGACUGGCCAACCGAGACAUCGCAUUUUAACUGCAACUACAAGAUGCUGCUGCCAACCCUCCUCCUCGGGUGUUUCCUGUUGGUGGCGGAUGUAACCGGUCACAAAUAUUCGACCAGCAAAUGUCCGAAUCCCAAUCCCGUGAAGGACUUCGACGAGUCUCAGAUCCUGGGAAAGUGGCGCGUCGAGUACGCCGUGAAGACGACCAGCACGUGCUUCGACAUGGACUUCCGCAAGGAGGGCAGCCAGCUCAUGGUGUACGAGACCAAGGAGCCGGCGGCGCCCGAGAAGCUCAGCCUGGAUGUCAAGUACGGCUCGGUGGGCACCCUGGCCUCCACGGCCCAGGCCGGCUACUACCAGGCCUCCUUCUCCACCAGCGUGAUUUCCGGCCGGUUCGUGGUGCUGGACACCGACUACAAGACCUACAUGGUGGUGUUCCACUGCAUGCAGAUGUCCAUCCUCGGCAGCAGGAGGGCCGUCUACGUCCUCUCCAGAGACGGCGCCAAGAUCACCGACGAACGGCUCAAGCAGGUGCGCGCCCGGCUGCCCGAGCUGGACGUGGAGGCCGGCCUGCUGGCCAAGGUGUCCCACGAGCAGUGCACCACCGCCGAGCAGGCCGACGUCGACCUCACCGGAUCCGUCAACGUCAAGGACGUGCUGAAGGCCGCCAAGAAGGUCGUCACCGUCGGCGGCGGCAUCCUGGAGCUGGUUCAGGUGUUCGGUGCCCUCGGCUGAGCUGAGCUGAGGGCGCUACAGCUGGGCUGAGGGCGUCCCAGCUGGGCUGAGCGCGUCAAACGCUGGGCUGAGAGCGUCCCAGCUGGGCUUGGGGCGAUACACGCUGAGCCGAGUGCUUCAGUCAGACUCGGGGGUGAGUGCGCCUGACUGUCGAGCGACCAGUGGUUGGUGCUCUGUGUGUUGUCUCCUUGCGAAGAGGAUGGUGAAGCACG